AUGGUUCCAAUUCCAGGGACAAUUUUAAGUAUUGUUAUUUCUUACCUGUCUGAGAAAGAAGUCCGAUGUAAGAAACAGAAGGUUUACCAAGCUUAUUGUCAUUGUGUACGUAUUACAAGCCCAAGACAUUUCGAGAAAGUUCCAUUUAUAACCUCAAACACCCUAUCAAUUAGGCCAAUCAGUAAUUUUAGAUUUUGCUUCUGUUAUUCAACUAUUGGAUGGGAAAUUUUCAUCGAGAAAGGGGAAUUACGGCGGCCGAUAACAAACUUUAAACUGCAGCAACAGCAGCAGCAACAACAGCAACAGCAGCAGCAGCAGCAGCAAAAACAACAAUGGCACAAUAUACUUUACAUUCAGGGUAUUUUUUUAGAGCGCACAACCCUUUUAUGGUGUGCUUUCGAUGUAACACAGUCGUUUUAUCUGUACAGUCCGUACAUGAGUCCAAGCUGGCCUGUAACAUGUGUCUAUGUGGUCUAUCAGGUCGACCAAUUCAAUAUAAUUUGA